CUUAGUUCUUCCUAUGUUGUCAGAACGAGAAUGUAAAAUGGGUCCUAUUUAUAAAUAUUGCAGUAUUGAACAACAAUUGGCUCUAGUACUGAUGCUGCUAUUACACAGUGAAACAUCGACAGUAGAAGUCCUCACUUACCAGCAUGAAGACCCGCUCACAAGGAAGAUACUCACAUGCACACACUGCCCCCCCUGGAACCCACAUGAGUAAACACUGCACUGCAACUGAGGACACUGUCUGCUCACCAUGUCCAGAGGACCAUUUCACACAGUUUUGGAACUACUUACCGAAAUGCCUGUAUUGCAGCACUUUCUGCGUAGAAAAUCAGUACAUUAAGAAAGAAUGCUCUACUACUAACAAUAGGGUUUGCCAGUGUAAAGAAGGCUAUUUUUGGCAAGCUGACCUCUGCAUCAAGCACAUGGAGUGUCCAUAUGGAUAUGGAGUCCAGCAGAAUGGUACCUUACAUGGUGAUACAAAAUGUGAGAGGUGUGCGCGUGGCACCUUUUCUGCGGUCACGUCCUCCACAUCACCGUGUGUAAAACAGACUGAUUGCAAAUCGCUAGAUCUUCAUGUGGUACUGAGGGGAACUGGCUGGCAUGAUAACAUAUGCUCAACAUGCAAAAAUCUCCAGAAUGAUGGUGGUUUAUCUAUACUGAAAAAGUUCCUGCCAAACUUCUUUGCUCAUGAAAAAAUACGCCAGUCCAAACUGUACAGAUUUGUGAGACAUCAUCUUGGCCAGAAGCUGCAAGGGAAACAUUCCAUCUAUUCAAGCCGAUCACUCUUACUUCUUCCCAUUUCAGAGUGGAUUAGAGGUGCUAGUAUAGACCAGGUCAAAAAAUUACCAGUGCAACUCAGAGAUAGCAACAUCCACAACAGUGCAGACAAGCUCUCAAAAAUGUUCAAAGAGUUAGAGGCCUCAUAUAGUAAUUGUAAUAAAGCAAAACAUUGAGCUUAUUAAUGAGCCUAUAUAUAUAUAUAUAUACAUAUAUAUAUAUAUAUAUAUUUUUUUUUAUUUUUUUUAUGUGAGUGUUUGUGGGCGGAGAGGAGAGGGGAUGGGCAGAAUUCCUGCCUAAAAGCCACUAAAAAGAAAUUUUGUUGAUGUGCAUUGUGUUGCUUGUGAAUGUACGUAUAUAGCUCUGUACUUUUUUUUCUCUUGAUGUGAUGAACAGGCAUGAUAUUAUGUUUGGGGGAUGAAAGAAGCAUUAAUCUCCU